UCGGAAAAAUUCACCGCCCACGAAAAGCCGAAUGAAUCGCCUGAUCGCUUCCACUGGUUUACUCCAGCGCGCUAUAGCACCGAAAAAAUCAAGGUCGCUAGUGCACCCCAUUCGCCUACUCGCCACAACCGGAACUGGUAACCCGAAACCGCCUGUCCCCGAUGCGGACACCAUCUUCGACAAGAUCAUCCGGAAACAAAUCCCGGCGGAUAUCAUCUACGAGGAUGACAAGUGCCUGGCAUUUAACGACGUGUCACCGCAGGGACCGGUACACUUUUUGCUGAUUCCGAAGCGACGAAUUCCGAAACUAGAAGAUGGAACUCCUGCUGAUAUGGAGCUAUUCGGGUACUUGAUGUUGAUGGCCGGUCAGCUGGGUCAACAGAAGGCGCCGCAAGGAUUUCGCUUGGUGGUCAACAACGGCGAACACGGAUGUCAAUCCGUAUUCCAUUUGCAUCUGCACGUCAUCGGUGGACGCCAACUGGGAUGGCCUCCGGGAUAAUUCCAAAGCUCGCUCUAUUACGUAACCCUUCAGCUUUUCUUCGCAAAUAAAUCAGAACCCU